CUGAAUCCGAGGAGACCUUUAGGACGUGUCUCAGGCAUUGACGUUCGCCUGUCAAGGCACAAGCACCAAAGCGCACUUGCAUAGUGAACCCUUGUGACACCGACUGGCAGUAUGCAGACCCAGUUGCGUGCCCCUUGCGUGUCUCACAAGACGCGUAUCAACGGUGUGCCUUGCUCGCCCAAGGUCGUGCCCCGCGUCGCCCGAGUACCGUCAGGCUCUGCCCCCGAGGCCCCCGUCGCCUCGCCCGAGCCGACCGCUGCUCAGCGCAACGUUGUCGCUCAGGUCGCUAAAAUGAUCCACGCGCAGACGACCACCAACAAGAAGGGCGCCCUGGUUAGCGAGCUGCCCGCAUGGCAGGCGCUGAAGGAGCAUGUUAACGAGAUUGAGAAGACGCACCUACGCGACCUCCUCCACGAUGAGGCUCGCUGCAUGUCGCUCAUCAAGGAGUGCGAGGGCAUCUACGGCGACUUCACCCGCCAGCGCGUGACCCAGAAGACCCUGGAGCUGCUGUUUGAGCUGGCUGAGCAGAGCAACCUGCGCGGCAAGAUCAACGCCAUGUUCAACGGCGAGCACAUCAACAGUACCGAGGACCGCGCCGUGCUGCACAUCGCCACCCGCGCCCAUCGCAACCAGAAGAUCUUUGUGGACGGCAAGGACGUGGUGCCGGACGUGUGGGAGGUGCUCGACAAGAUCAAGGCCUUCUCCGACAAGGUCCGCAACGGCGAGUGGCUGGGCGUCACCGGCAAGCCGCUGAAGAACGUGGUGGCCAUCGGCAUUGGCGGCUCGUUCCUGGGCCCCCUGUUCGUGCACACCGCGCUCAGGACCGAGCCGGUGGCCAUGCGCUGCAGCCGCGACCGCAGCCUGCGCUUCCUGGCCAACGUGGACCCCAUUGAUGUGGCCCGCGCGCUGGACGGCCUGGACCCCGAGGAGACGCUGGUGGUGGUGGUGUCCAAGACCUUCACCACCGCGGAGACCAUGCUCAACGCGCGCACUGUGCGCAGCUGGCUCACCUCCCGCCUGGGCCCUGACUCCGUCGCCAAGCACAUGGUGGCGGUGUCGACCAACCUGAAGCUGGUCAAGGAGUUCGGCAUCGACCCCGAGAAUGCGUUUGGCUUCUGGGACUGGGUGGGCGGCCGCUACUCGGUGUGCUCGGCCGUGGGCAUGCUGCCGCUGUCGCUGCAGUACGGCUUCGACCUGAUGCAGGAGUUCCUUGCUGGUGCCAACAACAUCGACGAGCACUUCAAGAACCAGCCCUACCAGGACAACCUGCCGGUGCUCAUGGGCCUGACGUCGCUGUGGAACGUGUCCUUCCUGGGCCACGGCGCGAAGGCCAUCCUGCCCUACUGCCAGGCUCUGUCGAAGCUGGCGCCCCACAUUCAGCAGGUGGACAUGGAGUCCAACGGCAAGGGCGUGGACAUUAACGGCGUGCGCCUGCCCUUCGAGACCGGCGAGAUCGAUUUCGGUGAGCCCGGCACCAACGGCCAGCACUCGUUCUACCAGCUCAUCCACCAGGGCCGCGUGGUGCCCUGCGAGUUCAUCGGCAUUGUGCGCAGCCAGCAGUCGGUGUACCUGAAGGGCGAGGUGGUGUCCAACCACGACGAGCUCAUGUGCAACUUCUUCGCUCAGGCCGACGCCCUGGCGUACGGCAAGACGCCGGAGCAGCUGCGCUCGGACAACGUGCCCGACUACCUCAUCCCCCACCGCGUCUUCACCGGCAACCGCCCCAGCAUGAGCAUUAUGCUGCCCAGCUGCACCGCCUACACCGUGGGCCAGCUGCUUGCCAUCUACGAGCAUCGCAUCGCCGUGCAGGGCUUUAUCUGGAACAUCAACUCGUUCGACCAGUGGGGCGUGGAGCUGGGCAAGGUGCUUGCCUCGAAGGUGCGCACCGUGAUGAACAGCGCCCGCACGCGGGACCGCAAGAUCCUGCCGCAGGACGGCUUCAACUACAGCACCACCCGCAUGAUCAACAAGUACCUGGAGGGCAAGACGCAGGUGCUCUACCCCGAGGGGCACGACACGUUCCCCAUCGACAUGCUGCGUGGCGGGCACUAAACCCGCCGCCGCAGAGCAGCCGGCGAUGGUGGCGACGGCGGGGAGCGGCGGGAUCUGGCGGAGGCUUAGCACAGCAGCUAAUUGUGGCUACAGGAUGUGGGGCAGCAGCCGGGGGGUUGAUGAGCAUGCAGCGCAUGCCCGUUCCAGCAAAUUGCUGGCGGCGCGUGGCUGUACGCAUUCAGGCGCAUGUGCUGUGGGGGGCAGAGCCCUGGUGUGCGCAUGAAUAGAAAGUUGUCAUUUGCGCAUGGCGCCUUGAGGGUUGUGCCCAGUUGAUUGGGACUUGGGCGGUUGGUCGACGCAUGGCCGGGAACGGCAAGGGCGGGAGGACGCCGGCAAUCCGCGCGUAGGAGGAACAGCCCUGCCCCCGGGAGGCGGCAGCAGCGGCAGCCCUCGGGAGGACCGGUAGAGGCGACCAGAGCCGGAUGCCGGUGGGAAUUUCGGCGUGUGCGCGCCGAGGCGCCGUGAGGAUUGCGGUGAGGAGCGUUGCCAGGAGCGCUGCACGAGAAGAGCUGUUUUUAGGCGUGGUUGGUAGCGAACCGGUUUGAACACCGCGCCCUUAGGGGUAGGGACGGAGUGGCUGCUGUGGCGGAUGUAGGCUACACGCAGUUGUAUUUUUGUGUCGGUCCAGGGUCGGAUCGGCUCCUGAAAGGCGAGGCUACGAUGCGGACUGCGUUUUCCCUGGCCCGGCGCGCUCCUGCGUGCACUCGCUGGCACUCCCGGACCAUACGAACUGGGUGGGGCGAGGGCGCGGCGCUGGGCGGUGUCUGCACGUCUGUGGGAGCCUACGCGCGAAGCUGUGUGUGUGUGUGUGUGUGUGUGUGUAUGUGCCGCAUGUGUACGUGUGUGGGUUUCGUUGUCGACUUUCGAGUGUUUACAUGCUUUGAGAGAGCGAUGCUAAUUCUUGCGGUGGAGGGCGUCUUUGCGUGCGAGGCGCGACCAGCCCCCUGGACUCGGAAUGUUUUAGUCUGAUUGGUUGUGAACUCCUUGGAUUGAGAGAACGAUUUCUGUGUAUGAUAGCAACACGGAUAAGAAUUAGCCCGACAAUUGAAGGGCGGCAUUGUAAUUUCACCGACCG